UGGGUGCUGGGACAGGAUAUUUAUACCUGCUGAGAAGUAGGCAUUGGCUGACAAUUACACACAGACACCAGCAGCGCUGCAGAUUGGUGAGAAGAAUGACAUGUGAUUUCAUCCAACAUGGCUGCGCCCAUGACAGAGUUUGAAGGGAAAAGAUGAUCUGAAGAACCAUGUGCCAAACAGCAAUGGCGGCGGAGGCCGCAGCAGCAGGAGACUCCACGCUUCUCUACACACGCACAGCGGCCACAGGGAUGUCGGCGGCGGCCGCGGCACACAGAGGACACCACGCUCAGCUUCCAUGUGGCAAGAUCACGGGCGCGGCGGUGACGGCCGUAGCAGGACUGAGAGCGCCAUACUAAAGUUAAGUGGAAACACUAAGAAGGCCGCUGAGCCAGCGCUGCGGGUAAUACCAAAUGAAAUGUGAAACAAAACAUAGUUAUGACCCGGCCCUGGCACGCUGAGCCAAUCUCAGGAGACACCUAACUGGUAGAAAAUGGCGUCCAGUUACCCGGAUCGUGACACUACCAUUCUUAGAAGAGAUUGAUGGGCCCCAACUGCGCAACCUAGAGAGUCAUCACAGAGGGUACGAGUUGCAGUAAUUGGAGGAGGACUGGUUGGUCUUUCAACAGCACUUUACAUCACUGAAUCUCUUCCACAGUGCUUAGUCACUGUUAUUUCAGAGAAAUUCUCCCCAAACACCACAGGCGAUGUUGCCGCUGGAUGCCUCAUCCCUCACAUCUUUCCCGACACACCACUUUAUCAACAGAAAGACUGGUUCAAGGAGACGUUUGACUACUUGUUUAAACUUGCUAACUCGCCAGAGGCAGCUGAAGCUGGUGUUAACUUUCUGUCAGGGUAAGACACUUUCCAGAGCUUGUACCCGAUGGCAGGUUUUUAAGACCCCACCGAAAGACGCCUUCCCAUUUUGGUGGCAGGUAGUCCUGGGCUUUCGCAUGAUGACUGAAGCAGAGCUGGCAAAAUUCCCAUCUUACACAUUUGGUCAGUUCUUCACAACAUUGAAAUGCCAGCCUUCACUUUAUCUGCCAUGGAUGGAGAAAAUGUUUAAACGCAAUGGAGGAUAUGUGCAAGAGGGAAAGGUAGACAAUAUCUGGCAGCUAUAUGGCAGUUAUGAUGUGGUUAUGAACUGCUCAGGACUAGGAUCAAGGGAUCUGAUUGGUGACUUAUCAGUAUAUCCUGUGAGAGGACAAGUAUUGGAGGUCCAAGCUCCCUGGCUAACACACUUCAUCAGAGAUGGUGAUGAGAACACUUACAUUUACCCUGGAAUAACUAGUACAACCAUUGGUGGUACAAGGCAGAAAGAUGACUGGACGAUCUCUCCUGAUGCUCAGACUGGAAAAGAGAUUUUAGAUCGCUGUAGUAAUCUUGAACCUUCCCUGCAUGGAGUUUUGGUAAUCCAACAGAAGGCAGGUUUGAGACCAACUCGAUUAGCUGUGAGAGUCGGAAAAGAUAUUUUUGUCAAGAAUGGACAACUGCUCCAUGUAAUUCAUAAUUAUGGGCAUGGUGGGAGUGGAUUUUCCAUCCAUAGGGGAACUGCCAAAGAAGCCACUGAACUGCUGCAAGACUUGAUCUCAACAAUAACUAAUAUUUCUGUUAAAUCAAAAUUAUAAUUGUAAGGAUUUUUUAAUUAUAUUAAUCUUUGUAUUUUUUAAUUCUAGUUUAUAGUUGAUAUACAAAUAAUAUGAAUCCACAAAACAUAAGUCUGAAUGAAGAAAAGGGUUGUCUAUUUGUCUGGACAAUGAGACAGUCCCACAGACACCACAACAGUUGUGAGAGACAGAUCUGAAGAUGCAAUCAAAAUAUGUUUACAGAAUAUUCUUUUAACCACCAAACAAAAUAUAGGUUAACUCUAUCUACA